AUGGACCCACAGCCUUCAAGCGAUAGAGAGUGGCAUUUGUUUGAAUAUGAGGUCAACAACUCAGAUGCCUGUGCACUAUAUAGGUUGGAGCUCAAGUUUGGCAGUGCAAAGAAAAGUUCCAAAGGAAAAGUAUCAAGUGAUCCGCUUGCUGAUCUGCAGAAGAAGAUGGGAAGGCUCACUGCUGAGGUUCCUACAGAUGAUGCAAGCAAUGUUAAGGGGAAAGCUAGCACAAAGGCUGAUGCUGGAAAUAUUUUUUCUUCUCAUAAUCAGACAACGUCAACUACCUAA